UUACGAAGCGUCCUAUCACACGGAGAGUUUCUCGGAAGCGAACGAAUCAGAAAUAUCCGUGAAUAGUAGGACGCAUUUGCCACAUAAUUCCCGUAUUGCGCAGCGAUAGAAUGCAAGCGUACGAUUUUCAGAAAUUUCUCGAUAAAAGAUGUGGAUCAGUUAACAGUGGAUAGUCAGUGUUGCAUCGUUUCAGCCUCGUCUUCAGUGUUAUUACACGAGUAUGCGUGCACAGGCAGCCAGUGCAGUGCACUGAGCGCGAUUGAAAUCGUGUUCGUAGUCGAAUCAUCGAGUCGUGUACAGUGUUGUGCAGUGUCGUACGAAGGUCGUGAACUUUCGUGAGAUUGUUCGAGAAGCUCGCGUCCGGAAGCACGUUACGAAAAGGUUAAAAGGAAAGGUGGACGAUCCUCGGUGGAAAGCCUCGGUAAAAUGGCGGUGAUCGGUACUCCGAUUGGCGCUAAGCGAUAGAAGAGGAUCGCGCUCUAUUCACACUCGUCAAGUUUUGUUUUGAUCUCGUUCGAUAGUCCAGCCCCACGGAAACCGGUCGAUUCUCGUCGCUUCCGAUCAUUCGGUUUUAUUUUCUUUUUCAUCCCGUGUGAAAUCGCGAUCUGCGUCUCAUUGGCGAGAAAAUACGAUCGAAUCGAGGACGAUCAAGGUGGUAAGAACCACCGACGGAACGGUUUUCGACGGCCGUGAUGCCGCAUCGUUCCGACCUCGAAUUUAUCGAAAGGCCGUACGACAAGGACCAUUUUAUCGAAUCCUUGUCAGCUUAUCUCUAGAUUUUAAAUUGACAAAGAAAUUCUCUAUCUGCCAAAAUGAAAAUUGAUAGAAAUAAAUUGAGGAAGUACACUUCUGUACCACCUGCAGAAUGUCAGGCCCUUAUAAGCAAACUGCGCUCAUGCUCCCAUGCAGAGUUGCUAGAAGAGCUAAAACAGAUAGAUGCCUGGACUUUUGGAAAAUGUGAACUAUUUCAUUGGAUUGAUGUGUUAGAUCUUAGCGAUAGUAUUUUGGAAGAGGCUGCGACAAAAAGUCCAGACAAUCCAUGGGAAUUAGCCUGUGAUCUCCCUCAAAAUCGAGAGGCAAAAGAACUUCUUCUUUGGGUUCUCCAUCUCACAACACUUGUCAUUGAACAUUCAUACUCGCGGCAUUUGUACAACAGUAUGGAACAUCUUGUAACAUUAUUGUCAAGUUGUGACAUGCAUGUUGUACUUGGUGUACUAAACAUUCUUUAUAUGUUUAGUAAACGUAGUAAUUUUAUUGCACGUUUGAACAAUGACAAAAGACAAGCUUUAUUAAGCAGACUUAAUCUCCUGGCUGAGAGUUGGGGCGGUAAAGAAAAUGGAUUUGGCUUAGCAGAGUGUUGUAAAGAAUAUCCAGAUAAACCACUACCUGCAAGUGCCACAACAUUACAUUUUGAAUUUUAUGCAGAAAAUCCAACAUCUGAUGCAUCAAAUACCACAUCAAAUAGUGGUACAAAGAAAUCUGGACAAACAAAUCUUGUAACAUGCAUACAUAUAGAAAAUGUAGACAAACUUGGCAAAACUCCAGCACAGAUAAUGAAUGAUUUAUUAAAAGUCUAUAAUGUACCCCAAGAUCGACAGAUUGCGCUGUUCACACAUAUAAGGCUGGCACAUAGUUUUUCUGAUUAUCGAAGACGUUUGCAGUGCGUACAUGCUCGAUUGCAAGCAUUAUCAGUACUUGUAUAUAAUAGCGAACUGGAAGAAAAUGCCCGUUGUUUACUGCAUCCUGGACUUUUAGAAGAGUUAGUCGAAUUGUUGGAACUUCCACACGCACAUCUUGUUGAAAUUCGUGCAGCAGCACUGCGAACUCUCACUAGUAUUAUUCAUUUAGAUCGUAAUUCACACUUUCCAAAAAAACCUGGCUCGAGAUUAAACAUGAUUAUCGACGUCACUGGAGCUAGUUCGUAUCACGGAUUUCUUCCUGUAUUAAUUCGCACUUGCAUUACGUCAUUGAUUUCACCGCAAUCUGAUGGGCAGCCUUUUCCUUUGUCGCUCGUAACGGCGUUGUUUAGCUUUCUUUAUCACCUAGCGAGUUACAAAGCCGGAGGUGAGGCUCUCGUCAGUUGCGGAAUGAUGGAAAGCUUAUUAAAAAUUAUAAACUGGCCUGGAAGCGAACUGGAACACAUAACGUUUGUAACGAGAGCAGUUCGUGUGAUAGAUUUAAUAACGAAUAUAGACAUGCAAGGAUUCCAAGCACACGGUGGCCUAGCAAGCUUUAUUAAUCGCCUCGAUAUGGAAGUAAAUAUUUGCAGAAAGGAACAACCCUUUGAAAUUGAACCGAUGCAUUAUCAGGAAACUCCGCCGACAACUCGGGAACGAUCGAUAGAUCGAGACGAGAAUCCUGCAACUUCUCGUCGCAUGAACGAAGCGUUCGAUGAACGCGAAGAAUCCUCUAAUCCUAUGGAGUUGUCGGAAGAUGAAAAUAUGAGUUCCAAAGCGGAUGAGAAGAACGAACAAAUACCGGAUUAUUCGUCUUUAAAAACUGGGAAAACUUGUCUGCCUCAACGUGCUGCGGUUUUAAAAUCAAUGUUAAAUUUUACAAAAAAGAUUAUUCAGGAUCCAACUUUCUCUGAUAGCAUUAGACAUGUUAUGGAAGGCACUUUACCUUCCUCUUUAAAACAUAUUAUUAGUAAUUCAGAGUAUUAUGGCCCUUCUCUGUUCCUUCUUGCGACGGAUGUUGUAACUGUGUACGUUUUUCAAGAACCUUCUUUGUUGUCGUCUCUGCAAGAUAAUGGAUUGACUGACGUUGUGUUACACGCUUUACUCAUUAAAGAAAUCCCUGCUAGUAGAGAAGUUCUGGGAUCACUGCCUAACGUGUUCAGUGCCCUGUGCUUAAAUCAACGAGGUCUAGAGUCAUUCGUAAAACGACGUCCGUUCGAACGCUUAUUUAAAGUAUUAUUAUCGCCAAUGUAUCUUCCUGCAAUGAAACGGCGUCGAAGCACGGAUCCGUUAGGUGACACAGCUUCGAAUCUGGGCAAUGCUAUGGAUGAACUAAUGAGGCAUCAACCGAGUUUGAAGGUUGACGCAAUUGCUGCUGUUAUAAAACUGCUAGAAGAGCUUUGUGUAAUGGGUUGCGAUCCCCGUUAUAUUUGCUUGCAAGCUGAGGAUAAAUUCGAUAAUUCUCAAUCGAACUCGAAUUCUGGAAAUCGUCAAUCUUCUGGACAGUCUGUUGGAGUUGGCGUUGGAGAUUCUGGCGAUGGAGGAGGUGGCGGAGGUGGAAGCAGUAGUGACGAAGAAGAAGAUGAUGAAGAGGAAGCCAGUACGAGUUCCCAUCCUCAACGUGAAGAACAAUCUUCAUCAUCCUCCGCACAACCUGGUCCACCACCUCAACCUAGAGAAAAAACUCCAAUAGCUCUAAUGGAAUACAUACAGAAUGUAACAAAAUUCGUUGACGCUAUUCUCAGCAAUAAUUCAACGGAAGAUCACUGCAGAGAAUUCGUUGCCCAAAAAGGCCUUGUACCACUAUUGUCAAUUUUGGGGUUACCUAACCUACCCGUUGAUUAUUCAGUCACACAGACAGCUCAAGCUGUGGCUACAGUUUGUAAAAGUAUUUUGAAUCUUGCUCGUGAACCACUAGUUUUAAAAACCGGACUAUCUCAGUUAAACGAGGUUUUAAAUUUGUUGAAACCAUUGUACAACUACAUGGAAGCUCCAGGAGGUUCUGUUUUGUUACACGAGCUCGUUUCUGCUCCAAAUUUGGAAACAGCCUUUACCAGCGACACUGCGACACCUCUGCUUCAUGCUAUGAACGCCGCUUACGGAUAUAUAAUAAUGUUUGCUCAAGUGUGUCGCACUAGUCAGAGUGAGAUCAGAAAUUUAGCCAUGAACCACUGGGGAUCAGAACUAGGUCUCACCGUCUUGAAAGGUCUUUCAGAACUAUACACAGCUCUGAUUUGGGAAAGUACAGCAUUACUGGCACUUACUACAGAAGAUUUUAUUCCGCCUGGUUGUGACUUUGGAAAAGAAGAUAUGGACAAACUAGUACCACCUGAAUCAAAGACUGAGGGUGAGAGUUCUAGCUGGUCUGGUGCUGCAUCCUCAGAUAUGGGAAGUAACGGAAUGACAACAGCCAUGGAAGCUUUAAGUACCGAUCCACCACCAGUUCCCAUGGAGGUGGACGAGAAACCAAAUAAUCCUAAUACAGGAAGAGCAUCUCCAAGUUCUCAUCGAUUCGCGUAUCCGAAGCACUUACUAGGACUCACGUCCAAAAUGGGCAGAGCAUUAGCAGAACUUUUUGCUAUACUCGUAAAACUUUGCAUGGGUUCUCCAAUCAGACAGCGCAGAGCACAGCAAUUGUCAAUACCAGCUCUUCCUCCGCAAGCAGCAAGAAGUGUAGCAACUGCUUUGAAUUAUGUACUAAUUCGUGGAUUAUCAUGGGACAAGUUACCUCCAUCAACGGUACCUAAACUUCAAGUGACUUUCUUAAUGUGCACCUUGAGUUUCGUACCUCCCGCCCUGUUUGAUGAAAAAGGUUAUCCGUUUCAUCAGAUGCUCCAAAAAUUCGUUAAGCUAGGUGGACAAAAUGCAUUCUUUGCUGCUUUCCAUUGGGUAUUAUCUGGAGGAGGACAGUUUCCACUAGCUGAAGGAUUAGAACAUCCAAAUUUACCUGAUUGUACCGGAGAAUUUUUGGACGGUUGGCUCAUGAUUUUAGAAAAGAUGGUGAAUCCUAAAACUCUACUGGAUUCACCUUAUGUUGAUGUCGUAAAAUGUACGGGAAUGUAUAAAGUAUACGAAACAUUCGAUGCAAUAAAAUAUUUGACUGAUAUUCACAAGGAAGCUUUUGAAGCAGUAAUGCUAAUGUGGGGAAAGAAACCAUUGAAGAGCUAUGGAGCACAUAUGACAGAAUUAAUUUUAUCUAUUUUGCGACACAUUCUAAGAGGUGAACAAAUGAUUAAAGAACAUUCUCAGAAAGAAGAAGACAUCAGAGAAGCAAUUUCUGGUAUCACUAGCGGAACCAGCGGAAUCGCAAGAGCUGGUGGAACAAUAUCCGACAGAGAGGAACUAGAACCAGACGUAAAUCCAGAACAUCUUAGACAACUAAUGGAUAUGGGUUUCAGCAGAGCUCACUGCAUAGAAGCUUUGCUUCAUACGUUAUCCGUUGAACAAGCCACAGAUUACCUCCUGACUAAUCCUGCUACUUUACGAAGAUCAGAUGUACCAGCAGGUGAUGCGAGUGGACAAGAUCUUGUUAUGGAUUUGGAAUUAGUUGACGACGAUCAGAUAAUGCACGCCAUAGCAAUGUCGCUUGGUGAAACGGAAACGCGAAAAGUUUUCGGCUCAGAAAAACAAACUCGUGAGACUACCAUAACAGAAAGCAUAGAUGAAUUCACACAUAACGCGCUCAGUCAGUGCUUAAACUUACUGGACUUAAUGCCUGAUACUGUGUACAGAAUCUGCGAUUUGUUAGUCGCUAUUGCUAAAAGAAAUGGGGACGAAUGGCGUGAUAACAUGCUACGACAACUCAUGAAGGAAAUUGGCAGUCUAAUAGACUACCUGAUAGGAAUUGCCGAGAGCCAAGAUCCAAAUGCUGGUGCAAAGUUAGUAGAAUGCGAAGAAGCUAACAAGGUCACUGGACGUAUAUAUCUAUACACCAUGUUUUUUGAGGGAACGUUUCAGGAAAUGCGAGUUCCAUGUGCCCAGAUCGUAGAAGAAUAUGCAAUCUUGAACAAACUUGUACGUUUGUUGGUGUUAAGCGAGGGUCCACUUACAGCUAAUAAAAAUAAAAUCGUUAAGGAAGGUAAUAAAGAUACACCCUCUGCGAAAACUCCUAAAUGGCUGGCACCAUUAUUGCUGCUGAUAGAACGUCUGGAAAAAGUAGCCAUAUUAAAGAAGCGAAAAGAAUUCAUGUACAAGAUAACGAACAGAUUGUGGAAGUGGUUCGACUUAAGUACAGGAAGAUGGACUUUAUACUCAUCUGUAAAUAAUCGAAUAAUUAACGACGCAUACUGGGCUGGCGAAUCCAGCACCAGAGUAAUGUGCAACAAACGAAGAUACGUGAUCAACUUUUCUACCAUGACACAAGUCAACGAAGAUAGCGAUAAUAGGAGACCCAUCACAAUGGGCUUUAAAUUACACAUGGGCAACGAAGAUGGUGGAUCUGGUUCUGACUCGAACAUGGACACCGAUGAGAACCGAAUGGACGAUAAAAGAAACACCGUUCUCCAAGGACUGGACCCUAGUAUGGCACCAGGUAUCAUACGUGCUUGCGUAAAAUUGAUGGCCAUUCCAGUAGAUCGGGAUGCUUUGCAUGCCUCAAUGAAGGUAUGUUUGCGGUUCACGAGAGAUUACGAGAAUGCAGAGAUAUUUGUUCGAGAAGGAGGCGUGAAACUUCUUUUGGAUAUGGCUGAAUCGAGUAGUUUCGCUGGUUGUAUCAAUCUCAGUACUCUUCUUAUUCGCCACGCCUUGGAGGAACCGCGCACUCUUCGUCAAACUAUGGAAAAAGUAAUCCGUAGUCGUACCCAAGGUAAUAUACCACCAGCAUGCAAGGAGAUUUUGUUCAUGACUCGCCAAAUCAACAGCGCUGUUUGUCGUAACCCGGAAGUCUAUAGAGAAGUUUGUGCAAACAUUUUGCGAGUAGACAUCAGUUUAUUAAGGAAAGAAGACGGUGACAACAGGUUGAUCGUGAAGGCCCUGCCACCCAGCCACACAUCAGCUUUACCUAUGGUGGAAGAAGCGUCUAUAUCUGUAGUCAAGGACUUGCUGAAUGCUCUGAUAAAGCCUACACCAGUUAUUUCUGACGAGAAAUCCUCGACACCUACAAGAAGCCCUGAAAAGAAGGCGGCUUAUCUAAAUUCUACUGUGGAAUGCUCAACAUCUUCUCGACGGGAUGUUCUAAGGAAUAAUGCAACUACAAUGAAUGAUACUAUUGAUGACGAAGAUCAAGUUUCCCAAAUAAUUCCUAUGAAAAUCUAUCCAGAUGUUAGCAGCAACAGCAAAGCUGAACCUGAAGAAGCGAAGAAACCUUUGCUGGCAAAAUCUGCUAUCUUGAAGAUACUUGCUGAAGCAGUUCGUUCAUACAGCGCGGUGGCAGGUUUAAUUACAGAACACGUAUACAGAGCAGGACAAAGUGAAAUGGUGACAGAGGAUACUUCUGCACUUGCCUUUCUCUUGGACAAACUCUUACCAAUGUUACCAGAAAAUUCCAACGAUAAACAAUAUAACAUGGCAAGGAUGUUGAUAGCUGCGAUAGCUUCUUGCAAUCAUUCGCCUGAUGCUCAGACAAUUUUGGUUACUGAGGUGAAAGCAGCAUUGACAAGAACCUUAGCCCUCCCUGAAAGCUCAGAAAAACACUCGCAAUUGCAAUUGCUGAUCGGUUUGAUUUCCACCAUGAUUGAUAGCUGUCCACCAACUCCACAUAAUCAGUUGAGAGCUUCUCUGAAAGUUCAACAAUGUAACAAUGUCAAUUACAUUGUGAGAAUUAUGUUAAGGAAAGGAAUAAUAACUGAUCUAGCAAAGAUUCCACAUAGUCUUGACCUUUCGAGUCCUAAUAUGGCUGGUACCAUCAAUGCUGCUUUGAAACCGCUUGAAACACUGUCUCGAAUCAUAAAUCAACCAAUGCCUGGUGCUGUUAACAAUAAAUACUCAAAACCAAAAAGUAGGACGGUUCAAGAAGAACCUAUUGGAGAACAAACAGGAACUACUACGUCGGAAGCCACACACGCAGUUGGAGAGGAGACAAACGAGGAUGCAGAAAAUACUGAACAUGACAUAUCUGUUACGGCUGAAAGCCUAGAACCUACUUCUGAAAGCCAAGUACACGAGGAAGCCGUCCUUGAAGAUAUCAUGGAUCAACUUCUUGAGAGUGUAUUGUUUUCCAGGGACGGCUCUGGUGUGACGGAAGAUCAGUCCUCGCGCCCUCACAGACCAAUGGACAUCGAUGACGAGAGUCUCGCGAUACGGGAUGGCGAAGCUGACUUCGACCCAACACGGGACGCCACAAUACGAGAAGAUCUGCUGAGCUCUGAUUCAGAUUCCGACAGCAAUCCUUCUGACGAUAACGAGGACGAGGUGCAAGACGAUGAGGAUGAAGAGGAGGAGGAAGAAGAUGACGGAGAAGAAAACGAGGAAGAGGAGGAAGAGGAGGAGGAGGAAUCUUCGAAUUAUGAAGAGGAUGGAAUAGAGAUUUACGAAGACGUCGGGGAAAGUGGCGUUUUCCGCAUGUUCCCAUCAGCAGAACGGGACGGUAGCAAUGUCGUGAUGAUUCGACACAAUAUCGAUACUCAGGAUGAUGUAAAUACCUCUGCUACGGUAACACCGCGAUCUAGUCUUCCGUGGAAUACAACGUUUCCCUUACCUCUGGGCUUAUUCGAUGACCCUCCUUCAGUCUCUGAAAGUAGCGGUAUAAAUUCGCAUCCGCUGUUAGCACCACAAGGUGGUCUGGAUGCCAGUGGCACAAGGACUCAGAGAGCUAUACGGCCGCGGAGGUUCCAAUAUCUCCAAUUGCCAAAUUCACGCAACCCGAAUCCACCGGUAAUACUGCAAAGACUCUUAGGACCAGCCGCACAAGCGCUUCCUUUAUCCGCCAGUCAGGUGUUAGCUUCCAGUUUCCGGGAUACACGGGUUGUUUUAAUGGAUAAUGGUCUUGGAAUAUUAACAAACCAAGACGAAGAGCAAAUAGACCUCGUGGAUCAGUCUGGCUACCUUCUGGGACCUAGCCUAGCAGCCACAUUAAAUAGUACUCCGACCGCUCUACAUUGGUGGAUCGAGGAAAGUAAAUUGUUGGACGGUGAUUCCCAGACAGACUGUUGUAUGGGUGUUGUAUAUAAACUGAUCCCGGGACUGGAGAAGUACAGAAACGCCGAAUUGGCAGAACGAAGGGAAAGACGCAAAAAGCAACACGCCUCUGAGAAGAAAAAUGAAAAAGAUGGUAAAGAAGGAAAGGAUCAUAUGAAUAACACGGAAUCUGGUUCUUCCGCUGUGAUACCCAUACAAGAACAAAUAUCAGCGGCAUCGACGUCGCAGAGAGAGGAUAUUGCCGACUUUGUCCCAAGAUUUGAAACUUGCGUUGAAGCAAGUCGAUCUGAACGCACACCUGACGAGGACAUAAUCGAUGUAACAGGUGAGAUGGACACGACAGUCCAAGAAGACGAGGAACGAUCGCCUCCACCACCGCCAGAGGAACAGCCGUCAGAACCCAGGGAUCCUCGAAUCAGCAACCGAAAUCCAACUUUAGAACUCGCCGAAAGUAUAGUUGACUCUGUUCUUGGACCUUGUGCAUCCGAAGCGAGCAGACUGAGACAAUCUGAACGUAUAGUCGAGGGAUCCAACACUAACGAUACGUCCAACCGUUCCAACACGUCUAUAGUAGUCGAUUUCAGUCAAGAAGCUAACGAAGUCUUGUUAAGAGAAAUUGAUUCGUCUGAAUGGAUUAGAAUUUUCACCGACGACAGUCAGUCGAACGUUGAACGAAACGCCAAUGUCGUAAAUCAGGAUCCUACUACUUCCACGUCAGGAAACGUUAGUGCAGAGACAUCGGAACAGCAACAACAGCAACAAGAACAGCCUCAACAUCCGCGACAGGAACAACCACAACAAUCACAGGAACAAUCGCAACAGCAGCAACAACAGCAAUCUCAGUCUCAAGACCAGCAACUGCCGGAUGGCGUAGAUCCAUCGUUCCUAGCUGCCUUGCCAGAAGAUAUGCGAGACGAAGUCAUAGCCGAACAGCUUAGACUUCAACGAAUCAGGCAACGAGCACAGGCAACUGUAGUGGAGGAAGUGACAGGACCUGUCGAAGUCAAUCCUGAAUUUUUAGCUGCAUUACCACCAGCGAUUCAAGAAGAAGUCCUCGCUCAACAACGCUUGGAACAACAACGACAUGCAGCUGCAAGCGCCAAUCCUGAAGAUCCAGUCGACGCGGCUGCAUUCUUCCAGAAUCUGCAGCCUGCCCUUCGGCAAGCGAUUCUGACUGACAUGGAAGAGUCACAGAUCUCCGUUCUUCCUCCGGAUUUGGCCCAGGAAGCUCAAAAUCUUCGCAGAGAAUGGGAGGCUCGAAAUCGACACAUCAUGCAAGAAAGAUUCCUUAGCCACGUUAGCCAAGGAAAUACCACCUUAUCAAGUAUACUUAGGACUUCAGCUAGACGUACAGGUGGUGGUAAUCGUUAUGAAAUCCACACCGUAGCACAAAGAGGUCAGUGGGACCCCUGGAGCACCCGCUUUGAUUCUGGUAUAACGCAUCAAGUUUCUAGCUUACGACUCAGAGGCAGACAGUUAUUGGAUCAUGAAUCGAUGGCUUGCGUACUCGUGUUGUUGUUCGUUGAUGAGCCAAAAAUUAACACGCUGAGGCUUCAUAGAGUUAUCAGGAAUCUUUGCUAUCAUGGUAGCACAAGAGAAUGGGUGGUUAGAGCCUUGCUAAGUAUCAUGGAAAGAAGUAACGACGAGAAUAAAGAUAUCGCCAUGGAUUUCGGUGGGAAAUUUAGAAGGAAAAGCUUGGUACCGAUGAUGCACCAUGAUUAUUGUGCUCCUAAAAUUUUUGACCAAAGAAGUAGUGCGCAGUCAUGGUUAAACAUUAGCAUUGAUGCUGCACUAGGCUGCAGAGCAAAUGUUUUCCAUAUUGUAAGACACGGUGGUAAAAAGUCAGAGAGGCAAGGUAGCAGUAUCGCAAUCCAUCCUCAAGCAGCACCUACAGUUUGCAGACAUACAUUGGAACUUCUCAUAUCGUUGGCUAAAGGCUUCCCUGGAUACUUUGUGCCAAUCAAAUCUAAAGACUCAGAUGACAAAGAAGGUAACAAGGAUAAAGAUUCAAGCAACAAAGAAGAAGCUGGCUUAAAAAGUAAAUCUACAUCGAAACCAGGAAAAAGCGAUCAACCAGAUUUCUGGGACAUGCUGUUAAAACUCGAUUCGUGUGCCUCGAAGAAAGGAAAAUCUGUCGCUAGGUCACAUUCGAACUCGAAUUUAGGAAAUGAUUCAGAACAUAGCAUGACCACUUUCGAGUCGUCUGCUUUCGGUCAAUUAAUUUCGAUGCUGAAUUGGUCGGUCAUCAAACGCAGCAGCCAAUUAACAGAUAAACUUUUGAGACUGCUCUCUCUGAUCUCGAUUGGAUUGACGGAAGUGAAUCCUUAUUGUAGACAGGAAGGAAAUAAGAACAAGAGAAUGGAAAUGAACAAAGAGCAGUGUAUCGCUGCGCCUGAAGAACAUCUCAGGUUGGCUGUACAAGUUUUAACCAGCAAGAGUUGUUCAGAGGAGGGAUUAGAAGAUGCAACUGCCUUGUUGCUUAAUUUGUCCCAUUGUCCUGAUCCUACUAGACAAUUAAUAUUGAAAUUAUUGUUGGAAGGCGCUAUGGAAUUGGCUAACGUCGUUUGCGAACACAUCAAAGAUUUGAUGAUGGAGUUGAAAGUUUUGAACCGUGAAUUGAGACGAAAUUCUAUGGAAGAGCAACCUUCGACUAGCAGUGGAGGUUCCCGAGGAAUUCUUUUAGAUAGGUUUACAAACGAGAGCGUUGUAGUCACUGCACCAAGUAAAGUUAAAGCUGGAAGUGAUCUUCAGUUACCAUCCAUGGCUGCCCUUGUUAGCAAAACUUCUAGUCAGGCAUUCUUUUUAAGAAUACUUAAAGUGAUCGUACAAAUAAGGGAAGCUGUGCGCUUAGCGAAUAGUAAGAAAACAGCCAAUCAAACUUCUGAAAGUUCUGUAGAUACUGCAAACACUAACCAAUCUUCAGAAGGAGCCGAAGAAAAGCUUCCAUUAUUAAGUGAAAGUUUAGUACUGGAUCAUUUGUGGGAAACACUUAGCGCCUGUUUAUUGGAACUGGAAUAUACUCCUGAUCAUCAUGCAGUCUUAGUUUUACAGCCCGCAGUAGAAGCAUUUUUCUUGGUCCACUCAUCAUCGAGUAUUUCUCGUGAUCGCCAACUAAAUACAAAUGCAGAUAACCGGGAAGUUAUUCCCGAUUUAGCACCAGUUUCACCUAUAUACUCAGACAACGAAGGUACAUCCCAGUCCGAAACUACUAUUAACACUUCAUGGGAUAUGACACCUCCGCCACAGAAGACGCUACCACCGGAUCAACUGAAGUUCCUCAAAUUUGCUGAAACGCACAGAACUGUCCUAAACCAAAUUCUUCGCCAGACAACCACGCAUUUAGCGGAUGGACCAUUUUCCGUGCUAGUGGAUCAUACUAGAGUUCUUGAUUUCGACGUGAAAAGACGAUACUUCCGUACAGAAUUGGAACGAAUGGAUGAAAGCAUCCGCAGGGAAGAAUUAGCAGUACACGUUCGUAGAAGUCAUGUCUUUGAAGAUUCAUUCCGGCAACUUCACAGGCGGAAUGCGGACGAAUGGAAAAAUCGUUUUUACAUCGUCUUUGAAGGCGAGGAAGGUCAAGAUGCUGGAGGAUUGCUUAGAGAAUGGUAUGUCAUCAUUUCUAGAGAAAUUUUCAAUCCUAUGUAUGCCCUGUUCACUGUAAGUCCUGGCGACCGAGUGACUUACAUGAUAAAUUCUUCUUCGCACUGUAAUCCUAACCACUUAUGUUACUACAAGUUUGUUGGUCGAGUUAUUGCCAAAGCAAUUUAUGACAACAAACUUCUAGAAUGUUACUUUACACGUAGUUUUUAUAAACAUAUUCUGGGAAUACUAGUAAAACAUACUGAUAUGGAAAGUGAAGAUUAUAGCUUUUACAAGGGUCUCGUAUAUCUCACUGAACACAAUAUCGCCGAUCUUGGAUACGAAUUAACGUUUUCCACGGAGGUUAAUGAAUUCGGCGUGAACGAUGUUCGUGAUUUAAUACCAAACGGACGUAACAUCGUCGUGACUGAAGAAACGAAGCUAGAAUACAUUCGGCUCGUGUGUCAAAUGAAAAUGACUGGAGCAAUCCGUAAACAGUUGAACGCGUUCCUAGAAGGUUUUUAUGAUAUUAUUCCGAAACGACUGAUCUCUAUAUUCAAUGAGCAAGAACUUGAGUUGUUAAUUAGUGGAUUACCUAAUGUAGAUAUCGAAGAUCUUAAGGCCAAUACUGAAUAUCAUAAGUAUAGCGCAAAUUCUCUACAAAUCCAGUGGUUCUGGCGGGCAUUACGUGGUUUCGAUCAGGCAGAUAGAGCUAAAUUUUUACAGUUCGUCACUGGAACUUCGAAAGUACCGCUGCAAGGUUUCGCUGCUUUAGAAGGAAUGAAUGGUAUACAGAAAUUCCAAAUUCACCGUGAAGAUAGAUCUACGGAUAGACUUCCCUCGGCACAUACAUGUUUCAAUCAACUGGAUCUGCCCGUUUAUGAAACUUACGACAAGCUCCGCACGAAUUUGUUAAAAGCGAUCCACGAAUGUAGCGAAGGAUUUGGUUUCGCCUAAAUUACUGCAAAGUUGAGCAAAGUUGCGUGAUUUUGCAUGAAAAAGUCUCUGAGCGAAGAGAAACACAAAAGAUCAAGAACAGAGAAGAAACAGGAUUAAAAACACAAAAAUAGAUUAUAAAAGAGUAUCGAUAAGAAUGUUUGAUCUUCGCUCAAGAUCUAGUAUAUAAAUGUUUACUCCGCUAUAUACAUAUUAAAACUAAAAGCGUAUGUAUAUACGUAAAAUUAACGAUGUAAUUACCGAUGAUUACUGUCGCUAGAGUUUAUUUUGUUGAAUGAUCAUAAAAAAAAGAGGAAGACGCAGAGAGCUUAACGAUAAUUUCCGAUGAAAGGGAAAGAAACUUAAUCGGACACUUUAAUGAAGGUCCUUAAACGGUUAAGAAAAUAACAUAAAGAUUCGAUGUAAUUCAUCCUUAAGAGAGAACAGCAACGGGCUGAAAUAAAUGUAAUAUAAAUGCGACUCGAAGCUGCUCUCCUCUUGAACAGAUUCGAUAAAAGGGAAAAACAAAUUGUUGCCGAGGCGGAAAGGCAGAUGGAAGUGUGCCUGUAUUCCGAGUACGUGUUUAUUUCCUUAUUAUUACGCGUGGAAGGAAACAUCAAGCAAACUAGAAUACAUGAAAACCUGUGUACGCGUGUUAAAAUAUAUUGUGCGUAAGCGUGUACGUGUUGUAUGUAUAUGAGUGAAUGAGAAAAAAGUAAUAUUAUUCAAAAACCGAUUAGACACGAGCCUAAAUACAAGAAAAACAUUUCACGAUGUUUUAUCCUUACGCCCGCAAGAAAAAAAAAUAACGUAUGGUUGUACACUAUUAGUAUUAAUAUAUUAUCUAAUUCUUAAUCGCUAGUAAUAAUCAUUAAUUAAUAUCUUUUUAAUAUUAAUCAUUUAAGAAAUGUGAUGUUAAAAAGGAUGUCAUGUAACAUUUUUCCUUUUUUUCUUUUUUUCCUACAGAUAGGUAACGCAAAGUCACGUCCAAUUCGCCCCAACUCUUCGGCUCCGAUAUCCCUCAACUUCCUUUAACGAUUUUAGUCCACUUUUGUUCCGGAAACGAAACGAAAUUUUUAAUCGAACGAAUGUUAAUUUUGUAAACACAUCGAAUGGGACAAUAUACGUUGAAAAAAUCAUAGAUACACACCAAUCUUUUUUCGCGGUAUUGUUAGGAAAUUAUUGCUUAGAAAUUCGCAGAAUAAACUAAAUGUUGUAUUUCUUAUAAAAAGAA